CACUCCUCCUUCACACAUUUACAUUUCUAAAAUUAACCAUUAUAUUUAAUCAUGAAUUCUUCUAGAUCUUCAAAUGUUGCUCUCUUUUCCAUCAUCAAUGUUAUGCUUUUUUUUGUUAUGGCAAAUGGUUGUUUUUUUUGUCCAAAACCAAAUCCAAAUCCUAACCAAUUUCCUUUCCCAAACACAAGUCCUUCCACAAAGAGUUGUCCUAGAGAUGCACUUCAAUUAGGAGUUUGUGCAAAUUUGCUUAAUGGGCCAAUUGGUGCAGUGAUUGGGUCACCACCAGAACAUCCAUGUUGUUCUGUUUUAGAAGGACUACUUGAUCUUGAAGUUGCUGUUUGUCUAUGCACUGCAAUCAAAGCUAACAUUCUUGGCAUUAAUAUUAAUAUUCCUAUUUCACUUAGUUUGAUCCUUAAUGCUUGUGAGAAGACUCCACCCUCUAAUUAUCAGUGCAUUUAAUUAAGUGUUACUUUUUGUACUUUAUAUUGUGGUUGAUGACUGAUGAAGUGUUGUUAGCUACUUUUGCUAAUUAAUUAAGUAACUCAUCAUUUACUGCGAAUGCAGUUGUACUUUGUAACUGUAAUUUCUACUUGUAAGUCUUGAAUGAAUUUCUAAUUUUUGAAAUUUUAUGGAAUGUUUCUAGUGUUUGGAA